CGCGGGCGAAUGCCGCCCAUCUGUCACCUCUCCGGUGGCAUCUCGCCGAUGGCGACGUCGUCCAACUGUCCGAUCUCAAGCGUCGGCAAAUAGGGAUCGUCCGAUCCUUCCCACGCCUCGGCUCCCAUCCGUCUCGGCUCGUGGACCUUCCGUCAAAAUUAGAAGGCCCUCCUAUGUGGCAGUUCGCUUGAUCUCAUCUACGGUCUCAUCAAGUAGCCGGGGUGGUUACCAGACCCCGCUGACUGCCUGACUCUACUCCCCUUCCCCGGCAUUAUAAAUUCCUUCCCCUCUCCCGCUGCUCCUUGAGACUUCUUUUUCCCUUGGUUCUCCACCGCCCGUGCGUCCGCGGAUCUCGGCCUCUUUCCGGCGAUGAGGAGCGGCGCUUCUCCUCACGCCAGCGGGCUUCUCUUCUUGGUGUCUGUCUUCGUCUUUGCUGUCCUCUCCUCUCCGGUCCUCGAGGGCGGCGCAGAGGCGAGCAAUGCGACGGAGGUCUCGAGUAGAGGAUCGGGGAACGAUGGCAGCUUCGCGGACAUCAUCGAUCGGGCUCUCCAGAAGGAGUUCUCGGAGAGCGAGCAGAGCGGUGGAGAAACCGAUGCGGGUGGCUUUAACAACAGUGUUGCUGAGAAACAGGCAGUUCUGGAAACGGUAGCUAGAGUUACAACUAAGAAAAAUGAAACCAAAGAGGAAAAAUCUUUUCAGUUUCAUGAUGUUUUUAAUCUGGAUAAUGAGAACCGAGCAGAGGAUAUUCCUACCUUAAUAGAUCGCAGGGAUAAUGUUUUCAUUAUAUCAAACCCCAAGUCAAAGUAUCCUGUUCUACAGUUAGAUCUGAGGUUGAUAUCUGAUCUUGUGGUGGUCAUUGUAUCUGCUACUUGUGGUGGUAUUGCCUUUGCCUGUGCUGGACAACCGGUGAUUACUGGAUACUUACUUGCAGGAUCUGUCAUCGGACCUGGAGGUUUAAGCUUCAUCAGUGAAAUGGUGCAAGUUGAAACAGUAGCUCAGUUCGGUGUUAUUUUUCUUCUUUUUGCAUUGGGGCUUGAGUUCUCUACAACAAAGCUUCGGGUUGUUCGAGCUGUUGCUGUUCUUGGAGGCUUGCUUCAAAUUGUACUGUUUAUGUGUUUGUGCGGUGUAGCUGCAUCAUUAUGUGGGGGCAAGACUUCUGAGGGGGUGUUUGUUGGCGUGUUCUUGUCUAUGUCUUCAACAGCUGUGGUUUUGAAGUUCUUAAUGGAGAGAAAUGGUAUUAUUGCCCUUCAUGGUCAAGUCACAGUUGGCACCCUCAUACUCCAGGAUUGUGCUGUUGGCUUGCUCUUUGCACUACUUCCAGUUUUGGGUGGCACAUCUGGUGUUCUUCAAGGAGUUAUUUCAAUGACCAAGUUGUUGAUUUUGCUAUUAACGUUCCUGGCUGUUCUAUCCAUACUAUCACGAACUUGUGUGCCUUGGUUUCUCAAUCUGAUGAUUAGUCUUUCAUCCCAGUCCCAGACCAAGGAACUCUAUCAGUUGGCAUCUGUUGCAUUCUGUUUACUUGUAGCAUGGUGUAGUGACAAGUUGGGCCUGAGUCUUGAAUUGGGUUCAUUCGCUGCUGGUGUGAUGAUAUCAACAACUGAUCUUUCACAUCAUACCCUUGAACAAAUCGAACCCAUUCGUAACUUCUUUGCUGCUCUUUUUCUUGCUAGCAUUGGAAUGCUUAUUCAUGUCCAUUUCCUCUGGAACCAUGUGGAUAUUUUAUUGGCAGCUGUAAUUUUGGUGAUCAUUAUAAAGACCAUAGUGGUUACAGCGGUUGUCAGGGGAUUUGGCUACAGUAACAAGAUAUCAGUUCUUGUUGGCAUGUCUCUGGCACAGAUAGGAGAAUUUUCUUUUGUUCUUCUAAGUCGUGCUUCAAAUCUUCAUCUAGUUGAGGUUAUUACAUCAAUUUUUAAUUCUUUCUUAGUAAAGGGUAAACUAUACCUGUUACUGCUGGGGACAACUGCUCUUAGUUUGGUAACCACUCCAUUGCUGUUCAAAUUAAUCCCUGCAGUCAUCCAUCUUGGUGUUCUGAUGCGAUGGUUCUCACCUGACAGCAGUCAAAUGGAGAUGGCAUAUAAAGGUGAGCUCCUUCGUGCAGAGAGUGCUAAUAAACGCGUUAACAUGAUGGUCCAAGGCUCUCAUGAUUCAUGAAAAUGAAAAUUUCAGGAAGUACAUGAUGCGAAUUAGAAAUAGCAGAUACAGCUACAAGCUUCUUGUUACUUACACGAUUCAGGCAACCAAAGGAGAUCUGACUGAAACCAUGUUUUGUUAAAAAAAGUUUUAAAAGGGAAAAAGAAUUACAUUUUGUCUUUGUUCCAUGAUCCAGACAAGCAGGAGUUGCUGAAAGGGGGAAUUAGAGGCCAAGGAAAAGAUUGAUUCCAUGGAAUUUUGGCACAUGAUUUCUUUGAAGCUUGGUCCUUGAUCACGUUGCAUUGCUUCAACUCACAUGCAGAUUUUGUGUGAAGUACUUUGUGAUGUAUCUUGAUUGAUUGACUGUUCGAACUUGGAAUUCCCAUUGUAGUCUCUGAACAAAUUGUAGAAUGUCAAUUGAUCAAGGUUAUUUGUGGGUGGCUCAUUCAUCUGGCUUUGCUGAUCAUGCUUUCCAUAAAAUCAGUUACUUCAGCAACUUGUGGAGGUUCUCUCUGUUCUCUUGAUUGGUAGCAGCUGGUGAAACAGCAUCCUUGAAGAGCCCCGUGAACCAGUCUUUCAGAUCGGGUGCAAUCACCUGAAGAAGUUGCGAAUUUUUCUUUCGACUAUUAGCAUAUUUUUUUGGCACCUCCUUCGCCUUUGGCAGUGACAAUAAAUCCAGGGAAAGUUUUAAAAUGAUGAGACCUUGGAAUGCUUGUGAGGCAAGUUUUUAUCAGCUUUCGUUCACCUCUUGGCAUUUCUAUUUUGGCCACAACUUCAGCCUUUGACAGUGAUACUUAACCCGGGGAUGCCUCGACCUUGGAAUGGUCGUGGGACAGGUAUUAUUGGGAAUUUGUAUGGUACAUCAACAUAACCGAGGAGCUACCAGAAUUUAGUUGAUGACGAGGCUGUUCAUAUUUUUCUUGCUUUCGAGUCCAGCUCCUUUCAAUUUCAAUGAGUUGUAAUCAGGAGAUUCAUGACUCUGGGAGGUUAGGAGUUGAGCGUUGUGACACCCUCUGGAAAAAGAUCAUGGCGAUGCAGGUGACUCAACACCGCCAGCCUCCUGCCUCCGGCCACUGGCAUGUGUAUUUGUGAAUCCUUAUUUCUUCUAUACAAGAUUCGGUGGGAGGAUUAUCUACUUCUCUACCAGAGAAUAUAGCUGAAUACAUCCAGAUAGAUGGUUUUUGAAUAAUUGAAUGCGUAGUAGCGUAGGUGUAUUACAUCAAGGAUUUUUUGCUUAAUGCUUGAACCAGAUGCUAUAAAAGAGACAUCCAUUUGGAGACCUCGUGAUUAUUUGGAGGAAAGUGGUUUGCACGGAUAUUUUUUUGUUAGAAUGUACUUGUUUUGCCACCAAACGUGGUAAUAUGUUCUCAUCGCCUCUUAGUGUGGGUAGUUCAAACGCUAACUAGCGGCUACGUUGCAGACUCCAUCCUCGAACAUCACAUCGGAAAGAAGAGAGAACAUCAGGGAGGGCGCCGGAGAUUGAUGAUUAUAUUUCCAGAAUGGUAUGGGCGUAUCAAUAUGUUGAUUUCUCCAUGCAAUUAUAGGUGGUCCCUUGCGACGUUGGAGACGUGGAUUUGGAAUCCACAAGGUUGGUAGUAUCGACCAUUAUGGCUAGAUCCGUGCGCGGACACCUCAUCUUGACAGUUGACAGGUACAUUUCAUAAAGGACAGUGGUUGGCAUGUCCGAAUCCUUCAAAUCUUAUUAAAUUAAUUUGGUAUAGAA